UUCACUUGUUUUCCCGCAGUCGGUGCACGAGGCGCGCGGAUCCAUCGCCUGAGGAGAGUGACCGGCAGCCAUGGCGUACGUGACAGUACCGGCGGCCACGGCGGAGAUGGACGGCGCCUUCUCUCAUCUCCGGCCGGGCUUUCGCUUCCACCCCACCGAUCAGGAGCUUGUCAGCUUCUACCUCCGGCGCAAGGUCCUGGGACACGGCGGCUGCUUCAUCCCGGAGGUGGACCUCUACAAGCUCCAACCCCACCACCUACCAGGCAAAUCAUUCUCACCGAGCACAAGCGACCCUGGGGCCAAAGUUGAGUGGUACUUGUUCGCGCCGAGGGGGCGGAAGUACCCAACCGGGCUUCGCAUGGAACGGGCGACGCCCAGAGGGUUCUGGAAGUCCACCGGGAAGGACCGCCCCGUAAUGCACAAGGGCAUCGUCGUCGACAUGAAGAAGACGCUUGUGUUCCACAUCGGCAAAGCACCUAGCGGCACACGGACCGACUUGGUCAUGCACGAGUACCGUCUCCACGGCCACCACAUACAGGACACAUACGCGUUGUGUCGGGUCUUCAACAAGAACAUGGCGUCCCCGUCGACGAAUGCGUCCGGUGAUGUCGACACAGACGAGGAUCUAAUGCAAUUCGUGCCCGGCGUCAUCAACAUAGGCAAGGAUCGGAUGGAGUAUGUGUGUGGCGACGCCGACUCAGGCCAGGAUCCGAAGCAUUUCAUGCUUGGUGGUGUCAAGAUGGACAAGGUUAUGAUGGAGUACGGGUCCUGCAGCACCAGCCCGAACAUGGAUCUGAACAAGUUCAUGCUUGGCGGCGGCGACUCGGUCCAGGAUGUCAUGCAGUCUAUGCUCGACGGAAUCGGGACAGGCAAGGAUCCCAUACAGGUCCAGGCUGAGCCCGAUGGUGCCAGCAUGGAGAAUGAUUUCAUGCAGUCCGUCCUCGGAGGUGUUGGCACAGACAUGGAUCCCAUACAUGUCGUGUCCGAGUCCGAUGCUGCCAACGCGAACAAGGAUCUGAUGCAGUUCGCGUUCGGUGCAUUGGGCACAUACCAGAAUCCCAUACAGAUCGAGUCUGAGGUCGAUGGUGUUGACACCGAUGAGGGAGAGAAGCAGUUCCUCACCGAUGGUGACGACACGGGCAAUGGAGAGAUGCAGAUUCUCGCUGAUAGGGCCAACAAGGACCAAGAAGCGAUGCAGCCUAUGACCGGCGGCACCAGCGUGGAUGGGGACAACUCUGGACACUCCUGGUUCACCAAUUACCUCGCGGAAGAGAAUAACUCAUGGACGCAGUCCCCCUUCGACGACUUCUUGUACACUAGCGAUGAUAUGGGGAUGAUUCCUUAAUAUAGUUCAUCUUGGGCGAUGAGAUGACUCCUACUCCAUUAUCUAUACAUGGGUUGAUUGUUGAGUGAUAUGUUGUUGUAUUUUCCCUUUUAUGUUUAGACAACAAAUUCUAGAGUCAUUUGUAUAUGUAAACGUUGAGGUCUCUUCACUUUAAGAAUUCUC